UAGCAGUAAAUGUGCACGCAGGGGCGGACUGACCAUUUGGAAACUUGGGCACUGCCCGAGUGCCCGAGGUCAGUAGGGGGCCCCAUGAGAUGCCCCUGGUACCUUUUUCAUAGGCUUUAUUGAGUUUGGGCAAUGACACAGGGGCCCCAUGAUCCCCUAUUGCCCGGGGGCCCCAUGAGUUGUCAGUCCGCCCCUGUGUGCAUGCAUAUGUAAACGGUGUUUGCACCACACAUUCAUAAUCUAACUCAGAAACCCAUACACAUUUGU